GUACUGUCGUGUUCGAGCGACACGGACCUUGAAUAUACUCAAUGACCUGGCCAUAGCUGGUGGCGGCUGAAGGGCUGUCGGAUUGAGGCAUUGCGACGAUUGGUGGGUGGAAAUGGCUGGUAGAAAUAGAUGGGGCAGCUUCUGGUGCGGCGAAAUGCGACGGUCGAGGGAUUGCGACAAUGGGACUGCGAUGCGCCGAGGCUUGGGCGGCGACGAUGGAGAAGGGCGGCGGGGUGAGAAGGAGAAGUGGUUAGUGUGGCGUCGACAGCAUCAAGAAAAGAAUAGCUGGAUGUCGAAGUCGAGAAGUAAAGAUGUCGAUGUCGAUGUCGCGGGAUCAACUCUGUUGAAGAAGCUCGACUUCGAAAUGUUGUUGUUUAUCCGCAUGUCAACAACGAGUCUGCCAAGCAAGCUAACGACUCUGUGCUCGCUAAGGACGCCCGCCUCACAAGUCUUCUGCUCUCGCACACCAGAGACAGCAACCGUUCUCAUGCAUGACAUGAUGAGACAUGUCUUCAGAUGGUUUCUUCCACAACAGCCGUCUGUGUGUCCAUCGGAUAAUAGUGUGUAGCCUGUACUUCACACCCUCCCAUAAUCAUUUGCGCUAUACCUCGCUGUGAUAGCCCGUCGCAGCUUGUGAUGCGUCAGUGGGUGUCCAGAGUGCACGGGCGUUGUUACUG